AAGGGCUGGACACUGUACCUGUCUGGGGCACAGUGCCGCUGGCCAGUUGAGUAAGGAGGGCCCUCAGCAGAAAAACAGCCUUGUCUCCACGGAGGGGGGCAGCCAGCAUGUCAUGGGAAGGUUGAAGGUCAGGAGGCUUGGGGAGGCAGUGGUGAGGCAUUCAGCCCUGCUUCUAGUCAAACUUCCCAAGUCCACAAUGGCAAGACCGGUGGUGGUUCUGACCUGGGCCUUGGCCCUCCUUGUAGCAUUUCCAACUGCCCAGGCACGAAAAGGCUUCUGGGGCUACUUCAGCCAGACAAGUGGUGACAAAGGCAGGGUGGAGCAGGUGCAGCAGCAGAAGCUGGCUCGGGAGCCCACGAGCCUGAAGGACAGUCUUGAACAAGACCUCAGCAACAUGGACGCAUUGCUGGAGAAGCUAGGCCCUCUGAGUGGGCAGGGCAAGGAGCCUCCCAGGAUCCUGCAUGAUGUGGCCAUGCGGCAGCAGCUGCAGGAGGAGCUGGCGGAGGUGCGCACACGCAUGGAGCCCUACAUGGCCGAGGUGCACCAGCGCGUGGGCUGGAACCUGGAGGGGCUGCGGCAGCAGCUGGUUCCCUACACGGUGGAGCUGAUGGAGCAGGUGGCCCUGCGCGUCCAGGAACUGCAGGAGCAGCUGCGCCUGGUCGGGGAGGACACAGUGGACGAGGCGCGGGGCCUGUUGCAGGAGCUGCAGAGCCGCGUGGAGUACCACACGGGCCGCGUGAAGGAGCUCUUCCAGCCCUACGCCCAGCGCCUGGUGAGCGGUAUCGGGCGCCACGUGCAGGAGCUGCACCGCAGUGUGGCCCCGCACGCAGCAGCCAGCCCCGCGCGCCUCAGUCGCUGCGUGCAGGCGCUCUCGCACAAGCUCACGCUCAAGGCAAAGGCCCUGCACGCGCGCAUCGAGCAGAACCUGGAGCAGCUGCGCCAGGAGCUCAGUGCCUUUGCUCUGACCCCGGCAGCUGCAGACGCCGAGGAGGAAAGGGAGGAGCCCGACCCCCAGGCGCUGUCGGAGGAAGUGCGCCAGCGCCUCCAAGCCUUCCGCCAGGACACCUUCCUGCAGAUCGCCGCGUUCACACAAGCCAUCGACCAGGAGACCAAGGAGGUGCAACAACAGCUGGCGCCGCCCCCUCCGGGCCACAGCGCCUUCACCCCGGAAUUCCACCCCGAGGACAGCGGCAAGGCCCGGAGAGAGCUACAGGCCCGCCUGGAGGACCUGUGGGAAGACAUCCACUAUAGCAUUCACGACCGGGGUCGGGGGGAGCGGAAGCCCUAGGGCUGACUUGCUCAGGCCCACUGACCAGCUUCUUGUCUGGGGAGCCCCUGUAGCCACUUGUCAGUGGCCUGUUGGGUAGAGGGUGGAGGGCCCUGCGUAAGAUAGGUGAGGGCACCGAAGGGACUGUUGUCCCCGGCAUGUCCAACCUCCUGCGACCCCUCUGCAGCUACAUUACACUCACCAGGCUUUGCAAACGCAGCUUCCCGUGCUCAUUUGGGAAUCCAUAUGAGUUGCUCCGUUCAGGGGUGGAGGGAGUGGGGCGCGGGAGAGGCGUCCUCUGUGCACGUAAUUAUGUGCGAGCCUGUGGCCUUGGUGCUGGGAAGCCCUGCCGUCUCUUGAUGCCCAGGCUUGACUCCAACCACUGGUGGCCGCCUAGUGGCCGCUUGCUGCAGUUGGUCCACAGAGAGGAGCCCUUGGAGAGGCAGCCCCAGGACUGCUGUGAUAGCUUCUGUUGGGGAAGAGAAGGAAGAAAAGAUGAAAAUACGACAAGGAAAGCACUAGAGGUUCGUGUACUUAGACCCCCGCUGGCUCUGAUGCUGGUGGGUUAAAAAAAAAAAAAGGUGGGGGAGGGCUACUAGAGCUCUAGCCAGUAUUUCCAUGCUCAAACAGCUGACUGAAUUUCAAAGUGUGGGGGCUUCUUAACCCCUCUGGGGAGAAAAUUGUGACUGUCCCCAUCUCUGGCUCCUCCCUUCUGACUCUCAGGGUGAAGUCUAGUCUUCAAAUGCAAAUGAAAUAGAUGCUUAUGAUGGAAGCUGA